CAUAAGUUUGGACUUGCAGUAUAGUAUGAUAUGUAGGUAUUGUUCUGACAGGUUAACCCUUCGAAUUUAGCAGUAGAACAAGUUUGCCCGUACUUCGUUUGCUUACACUCUAGGACCUAGUUACGAGAUUAAACAUCUUGUUUUUGACUUAACAAAUGUGGACAGUUAGAAUAUUGAGAGAAAACUAAGUAAUUAGUGCGGAUAGGGUUGUAAUCGAAAUUUUCCUCAGUUUUUUUAUUUGGGACAUCGACAUCUGGUCCUUAUUAUUAAUCAUCGUCGGUAGACAACGAUUAUUUUAACAUCGCAUCGCGACGCCCCUGUGGUUGAGUAUAUGCUAUUAAACUUUCGCGAUGAGUCAUCAUGAGUUUAAUUCUCGAAUUCUUCCCACCAUCACGCCCCGUCCACCCGGUUCGAGUAGCCGGUCGUCGUAUUUAUUAUUAUUUUUUGUUCUCUUCCCGCACUCUACACUCGCGAACACAUUUCCGAUCGUUUAUCGUGUAUCAAUGAUCAUAUUACGUUCACAACAACGACGACGGCGACUGUAACGACAACAAUCUGUUGGCAAAGUUUCACCGUACAUGUAUACCAAACGUGCAGGAGUGACCACUGUUAACUCUGACAACCGGCCAAGUACCGCACCAACACCACCUCAAAAUUCUUCUAGAGCAGGCGGACUUCAUUGGUUUGCUCAUGGUGCAGAUUCAUUUGACUUUUAUGAUGAAACAGACGAAACAGGAAAAGAAAAUGCAAUCAAAGACCGCGAAGAACGAUUACGACUUGUUCGUGAGAAACACGACGAAGAACGCCAAAGAAAACUCGAUGAACUCAAACAACAAGCACUGGCUGUACAAAGGUAUCGAGAACAAAAAGAGGAGGAAAGACGGAGACGUUUAGAUGAAAUGCGUUCACGAGAUUCUGAAAGGCGACAACAAGUAGAAGAAAGAAAAAGACAAUUGUUCGAAGCCGAGAGAGAGAAACGAGACGCUAUUCUAAAAAAAAAUCUAGAACGCGAGGCCAGAAUUGUGUCAAAAAGAAGAAAUGAGCGUAGUUCAAUUGUUUUUGCAUUCGGAAGUUCGACGCCUCGCAUGCUUGAACCGUCAGAAACCGGUGGAUCAUACUGGGCUAGUCGCAGAGCUACAUCUACCAGCAAUGUGAUGAUGCUGAGCAGUACAACUCCCAUGGGCCCUCUGACGAGGAGGUCAUCAGAGCGCGAGCUGAACGAAUGUUCUGGGAAGAAAAGAGCUGCUUCAGCUGGCGGUCUGUCGAAUCGCAGUACUGACGAGUACAAUAAUAAGAGACAUUCCGUAAUGGAUGUCUUGCGUUGGAGUGAUAUGUGUUACCCUGUUAUCCCAGAAUACCCUGUAGAUGUGGGGUGUGAAGGCGGUGACGGGAGCGCCGAACGGAGGGCGGCCAGACGGAAGACGGACCUGAUGCCCACCAUUGUGUCCCCGCGUGACCUGACGCCCUGCAGCCGUCCCGGAUCGUCCAGUUCGUCCCGUCGGUCACCAGGUAGGGCGAGUUCGAUGACUCGGCUGGACGGCACCGCAGCCACCGCUUUCGGCGGCGGAGGUGGACGACUACUGUCGUCGGCGCGCAGCAUGAGCCACUUGGCCAGCGGCGGCGGGCGAUCUGUUGUUUUAGGUGCCAACAAGGAUCGCUCGACGCACCACCGUAGUAUGAUCGCCUUGAACCCGGUGCCGCCGCCCAGACCCACCAGAGCCGAGCGACUGCGCAAGCGCGCCAGAGAAUUCGCAAACGGCGGUGGUGCAGGCAUGAAAUCUGGUGAAAUGACGCCGAAUCGACCCCAGAGUUCCAUGAGUCAGUCAAGCACUGGACCUUUGCCAACGCAACCGAGGUCCAGGCCAGUGGCGACGCCACGCAAACCGCGACCAAUCAGUAUUGCCGUGACCGGCGUCACAUCCGAUCCACCCGCAAAGUCUCCGGCUACUGGCGAAAGACCGCCACUUCCCAAAGUGAAUGUUACCAAAAAGUCGAUUACCCCUAAGGUGGAGACCAAAAAGUUCCCCAACGACAAUACAAAACAGCAAACGUCGACGGCUGUGAAGGACAAAAAUAAAAACGCAAAGAAUUCUACUGAAACUUCCGAUAACGUCGAAUCUUCUAAUCAGCAUCAUACCACCUCGGUGGUUUCCAAAGACGAAGACAGUCGUGAAAAUUCGAUCCAAGGGUCGGUGAACGACCUGGCCGAAUGCGAUAUGACAGCUUCGAUGUUGGCUACGAAACAGAAGAUCUCGACCGAAGAAGAAGCCAAAGCCGCAUUGGCAGAACGCAGAAAACUGGCGCGUGAACAAGCAGAGAGAGACGCGGAGUUAGAAAGACAACGAUUGGAAGCCGAGAGAUUGGCAGAAGAAGAACGGUUGCGUUGUGAAGAAGAAGAACAACGCCGACAAGAAGAAGAACAACUGCGAAUGUUGGAAGAGGCUCGAAAAUCUGAAGAGUUGCGGUUGCAGUUGGCCAUCGAAGAGACGAAAAAACGCGAAGAGGAAGAUAAAAAACGGAAAGAGGAAGAGCACAAGUUGAAAUUAGAGAAAGAAGAAGCUGACCGCAAAGCAAAAGAAGAAGCGGAAAAGCUGAGACAAGAGAUGGAAAUCAAAUUGAAAAAGGAGGAAGAAGACCGGCAACUUAGACGUAAACGAGUCGAAGCCAUCAUGCUGCGGACUAGGAACCAAGGCAAAGGGAACGCGUCGACUAAAGAAGAGACUGAAUCUGCCGAGCAACAAGCCGGCGAGAAUAAAACGGAAAAACCGUCGUCUGACCCGAUGACGACUAGUCAAGGACCGGUAUCCGAGACCGAAGCGAUGUUGACCGCCGAGAGGGUUCAUUCGUUGUCGUCAAACACGUCAUCGGCAUCCUCGUCACCAACAUCACCGCCCGGCGACACACUGUCUAACGGAUUGCUUCCGGUAGAAACUUCCGGUUCCAAACAAAACGGCCGUGCGGACAACUCUGCGGUGCAUCAAAGCAACGGCUGCCUUCCGACGGCGAACGGCGGCACCGUUUUCAACUCGGAAGUACAACUAAACAACGUAACUAACAAUCUGCUAGAUUUAUCGUUAGAACCCAUUCCGUCUGACGCUCUGUCAACGCAACAAAUCAUUGAUAUCGGCAUGAGCAAGUGCAUCCAAGGCAACACCGCGGACUUUCCCGCGUACCAAGAAACCAAUAGAUCAGAACAACAAAUUGUCAAUGAUCUACUGUCUUAAUAAACACUAGAAGUGGCUGCGAUUGUUGUUGCAUUGUUGUGGGUAUUGUAUACUUGGCGUAAGAUUGAAGUAUUAAACACGAGUGCUACUUUUAUUGUUAUUUUAUUAUUUUUAUCUAAAUUAUUAAGUAGUUAAAAAGAAAACUGAAAAAAAAAGUAAAACGUUCAAUAACAAUUAUUAUUAUUAUAAUUAUUAUUUAGACACGUCUAGACAUACUACUACAAUAAAUAUCCAUCAUCUAUUUUAAAUAAUAAUUAAAAAAUUCUCUCUUUCUAAUACCUUUUCGUCUUCAUAAAUAUACAAUAAUAAUAAUAAUAAUAAUAAUAAUAGCCCUUAUUGUGUUAACUAUGAACACAUUUUAAUAUUUAUUGUUAUUACCAUGUUUAAUGUACAAUAAUAAUAAUACAAAUAUUUUGAUGUAUUAAUUAUAUAAAUAUAAAAACGACAUGAGAUCGCUUUGUCUUGAAGAAAAACCGUCCGAAUGUAUCUCGGUAAUAAAACAAUGCGUUUAGCCAGUACCUCUAAAAAAUUAAUGACAAGAGAAGCAUAAUAAUAAUUAACAUACAAGCAAUGAUACUGUAAUGGGUGAAUUGCAAAGUGAGGAUUGUCUGAUUUUUUUACUGUCUCUUAUAUAUAUAUAUUUUUUUUUAGAAAUCUAUCCAGUAUAUUUGAUUGUACCACUCUGCUUUUAUAAUCCAACAAUUAUGUUGUAUAAAUUGUAUUGUUUCAAUAUUUUAGAAUAUUUUUUCUUUUUACAAAUUUUUAAACCAACAUUAUAUUGUUUUUACAAUAUUAUUCGAUUUAUUUUUGAUGAUGACAUUGUUGACCAGUGGUUGAUCUUAAAAAAACUGUACAGCAACUUCUAUUUAGGGGAAGCACUGUCUUAUGCAAUAAGUAAAACAUUCUCCUGAGACUGGUAGAAAUGACUGAGCAUAUCGAUAUUGUCGAAUAAAUUGUGUCUUACACACACAAGAUUAAUUAUUCUCCAUCAACCUCCCUGAUCUCAAAAAAGUAUAAUUUAAUAAACAUCUAUUUUUUAAUUGUUGCGAGUGAUUUAUUUUUUUGCAUACUGAAGAAAUAUGUUUUAUUGUAAUUAUUGAUUUGUGGGUUUUUUUAAUUUUGCUAAAUAUUAUUCUGUAUCCGUGAUUUAUUAAGUUUUCAGUCUGUAAUCGUUAUCAUUGUUAAUAAUUCUUAAUUAUAAUAAAAUAUAUUAUAAUUAUUAUUGUCUUUUAAUUGGCCCAAAAAAAAU